UCCGUCCAGAAGCACCGCGGCUUUGGCGCAGCUGAAGUGAAUCCCAGCAGCUCUUUCUGAAUCGCCUCGUCCUGAAGAAGAACCAUCCGAGAGAGCGCGCGUUCCGCGUUACUGUUUUAUACUAGUGAAUUCUGUGAGUAAUCGUGAUUUUUUUUAAGGCUGCAGAUAUGAGUGCGAUUAACGUGAAGAAGCUGAAAGUGAACGAGCUGAAGGACGAGCUGAAGAAGCGCCAGCUUUCAGACAAGGGGCUGAAGGCCGAGCUGAUGGACCGGCUGCAGGCCGCGCUCGACGCCGAGGCCCAGGCUGGAGGAGAGCAGGACGGCGAGGAGAACGGGGCCGAGGACAACAGCGCCGAGCUCGAACCGGAGCUGAUGGGUGAGGAAGGGGGCGAGAGCAUGGAGGCCGACGAGGGGGAGAACGGAGGCGGCGCGGAUGAGGAGGCCGCAGCGGCCGACUUCGACGAGCUCGGCCAGGACGACGAAAUGGCCGAAGACGAGGAGGACGACGGAGACGCCGCGGUCGACAUGGACAAGGCGCUGGAAGACGACGACGAGGAUGAAGACGAGGCAGAUAAGAUCGGUGAUGAAGACGGUGAGCAAGAGUCCCAGCCAACAGAGGGAGAUGCGGACAAAGACAACAAUGCUGAUCAGAAGAAUAAGAAGGGUGUUAAGAGACGCCGGGAGGAACAUGGAAGGGGCUACUUUGAAUUUAUUGAAGAAAGCAAAUACAGCCGGGCUAAGUCCCCACUGCCACCUCUGGAGGAGGAGGAUGAGGAGUAUGAUGACACCCUGGUGUGUCUGGAUCCUUACAACUGUGACCUGCACUUCAAGGUGUCCCGAGACCGUUACAGUGCCACAUCCCUCACCAUGGAGAGCUUUGCCUAUCUGUGGGCAGGAGGCCGUGGCUCUUAUGGCAUAAACGAGGGCAAAGCCUCCUUUGAAAUGAAGGUCAUUGAGAAGAUCCCUGUGAAGCAUGUGAAGAGCAAAAGCAUGGAUGUUCAUGAUGUUCAAAUUGGUUGGUCACUGGCAAAUAGCAGUCUGCUGCUGGGCGAAGAAGAGCAUUCUUAUGCCUUUGGUCUGAAGGGAAAGAAGACGACAAAUUGCGUGACUGAAGAUUAUGCAGAGGCCUUUGAUGAAAAUGAUGUCAUUGGCUGCCUUAUUAAUUUUGACGGGGAUGAAGUUGAAAUUUCAUAUUCCAAGAAUGGGACAGACCUUGGUGUGGCAUUCAAAGCCAGCAAAGAAGCACUGGCUGGGCGUGCACUUUUCCCCCAUGUUCUCUGCCACAAUUGUGCUGUAGAGUUCAACUUUGGCCAGAAGGAGGCGCCAUAUUUCCCCAAACAAGAAGGAUUCACUUUUCUUCAGCAAAUUCCUUUGGAGAAGCGUGUGCGAGGACCUAAGGGCCCAGAGUCCAAGAAAGACUGCGAGGUGAUUGUCAUGGUUGGCCUUCCUGGGUCAGGGAAGACUACAUGGGUAAUGAAGCACAUUGAAGAGAACCCUGGAAAAUACACCAUCCUGGGAACCAACACCAUUGUGGAGAAGAUGAUGAUUAACAGUUUGAAACGGCAGAACAAGGACACCACAAAGCUAAGCGCUAUCUCCCAGAGUGCACCACUUUUCCUUGGCAAGUUCAUAGAGAUUGCUGCCCGCAAAAAGAGGAACUACAUCUUGGAUCAGACCAACGUCUCCGCUGCAGCCCAGAGAAGGAAGAUGUGCCUCUUCGCUGGCUUCCAGCGCAAAGCUGUGGUGGUCUUGCCCACAGAUGAGGCCUACAAGGAGAGAACGCAGAAAAAAGCUGAAACUGAUGGAAAAGAUGUUCCUGAGCAUGCUGUGCUGAAGAUGAAGGGUAUAUAUGCUCUCCCAGAAGUGGGUGACUGCUUCUCAGACGUCACCUAUGUGGAGCUGCAGAAGGAUGAGGCCACCAAGCUCUUGGAGCAAUACAAAGAGGAGAGCAAAAGCGCACUGCCCCCAGAGAAGAAGCCCAACCAAGGGACACCCAAGAAAGGAGGCCCUCGCAACCGAGGAGGCAAGAAUCAGUUCAACCGAGGUGGUGGCCCAGGCCCACGUGGAGGACGAGGUGGCUUCAUGAACCGUGGAAACUUCAGAGGCUUGCCUGGACCCCGUGGAGGUUUCAGUCGCCCCCCGCGUGGGGCUCUGCCUCCACCUGCCUAUCGAGGAGGUUUCCCAAGCCGUGGCAGCUUCAGUCGUGGUGGUGCUGGUGGAAUGCCCAACAGAAACAUGCCCCCUAGAGGACCUCCUUCAAGGGGUGGAAUGGGCCACAUGGCAAACAGGGGUGGAGCUAUGAGCCGGGGAAGGCCCAUGCACCGAGGCAACAUGAGCCGUGGUCAUGGUGGACAGGGCGGUGGACCCCACAGGGGUAACUUCAACCAGAAAUUCCGUGGUCGGGGAGGAAACCAGCAGAAUCGUGGUGGAUUUGGAAACAGAAAUGGCAACUAUGGCAUGAACAAAGCCCAGGCUUUUAACCAGAGUUGGCAGCAAGGGUUCUGGAACCAGAAGCCAUGGAGUCAGCAGUACCACCCAGGAUAUUACUAAGUGGGGUUUUGAUUAAAGACUGGUGGCUUGUGGAAAAGCUUCCUCCAGUGACCACUGACCCCCACUCAUACACUUUUACCCUCUUUUUAAGAAAAGGAAGUAAAAUCACAUUUUAAAUCAUUAUGAACAGACAAACAUUCCACAUCCUGAUAUCCUGGGAUAUCCCAUAUGUUCACAAUGGAUUCAGUUUUUCACUUUUUUGUAAAUUUUUAUUUUCCUGUUUUUAUUUUUUUGUUUUAUUUUAAAGCCCAUGUUUUGUUCUCAAGAACCACAGCUUUCAUUCUGUGUGGGAUGCUUUUGAUUGAAUUUCAGGGUUGUGCUUUUUAUUCUGUAUAACGUCAUUUUUACUCAAUGUAAAUUAUUCUUGUUUCUUUUUUUGUGUAGAAUUGUACCAUUUUUUUGAGAAUCCACCUGAUCAAAAAAUUCUCCUUUUAGAAACUAUAAAACGGUAAUUGUGAUAAUUUAGCAGCAAAAAAAACCCUUUCAUGGUUCAUGUGAAAGUGUAAAAUUGUUACUAUCCAGUUGUUUCUUUUCCCAAACUUCAUUUUGUGUAUCAGUCCAGUGUGUAAUAGUUGAACUCCAUAGGUUUACAAAUAAAUGGGUUAUUUGCUUUUGUACAACUUGUAUUGCCUUUUGAUUGAGACCAGUCCGCAUCAAAGGUGCUAAAGAGCCUUUGAAUACGUUGAUUUAUAUUUCUCUUGAUCCCCUCACUCUAUCUUGCUGUUAUCUAAUGUGUAGCACUUUACAGAAAAACUAAAGUGUUCUGGCUUUACUUAUAGUAUUUAUGCUCAGCUCCAUUGACUAAACAAAUAACUUUUCCUCUACUUGACUAUAGAAAAUUCAUACAAUUUAAAAGGAUCUGGCGUAUAGGCUGGCUUUUAAAACUUGCGUGUCUUUUUAUAUAUAAAAGAAAAAAACCUGCAUGUUUUGCUUCAAAUACUCAAACCCAAGUCAUUCAAUGUUUAUCUAGUGGUGGUUAGUCCCGCUUUGCUUGGGAGUUCACUAUAAUUUUUCAGGUAUUUACUGUAAGUUAAAUCGUUUUUAAAGAAUAUUUUAUACUUCAUGAAACAAACUACCAUAAGUAGUACCCUCCAGUGAGUGUCCAUAUAUACAUGUAAUCUUCAGGUAAAAUUUUUGAUGCCUUUUUAUUUUUUUAUUUUUAUCGCGACUGUUCAAGUUGAACAGGUUUUUACCUGUAGUUACAUCACUGCAGCUCUUAGUAUUUUCAGGUCAGUAAUACAGAAGUAUUUUAAUGUUCAGAUCAUAAGUACAGAAUACAAACACUACGCAAGGCGUUGCUCAAUCUUUAAUUUACUUUGUUCAUAAAAUGUAGAUUGAAGUGGAAGUAACGGGUGAGAUUCAUAGUCUUCCACUUCUGUAAAAUUGGCCAGUAUAAAACCAUGUUUUAUUUCCCUAUUUAAAGUGCUGUUGUAUCAUUUACUAAGUUCAUCUGCAACCUGGUGCUCUAAAAGAAGGAAAAAACAUUGUGGAGAAACCUGAUGGCCACUGCCACCCAUUUGAAGUUCUGUACCUUUUUGAGUUAGGAAAAUAUUUGGCACUGAGUGGCUGCCCUUUUUUUUUCCUCUGGUGGAAAACAGCCACCAAUGUUACGGCAGCUAUUGUUUUUAGUAGAAUUGUCCCCCUCGCUAAUUGUUUUACGUAAAUUAUGGCAUGUAGGCCUGUUGUGAUGGACUACUUUUUACUGACAUCCCUAAAAAAAAAAAAGCAAGAAAGUUUUAACAUAUUUAUGGAAAGCAUGAUCUAGAAGAGAGUAGUAUUGAUUGUAAUUAGUGUUCACAAACUGCUGGAGUUGUAGAACAGGCGUGUUGUACUCGAAACUACUGCAGCUCUGUGCUUCAAAAAAAGACCUUGAUUUAAUUUAUACCGUUUUGUAUUGUGGUAUUUAUUUUUCCAACGAUGAUGACUGUCCAGGUUUGAUAAUGCAAAGAUGCGUGUGGCGUAAUAAACUGUAAUAAAUCUCUGAAAUGUU